AUGGCAGACAAAACAACAACAGAAACAGCAGAUAAUAUCAAUAUAGUUGGCGUAAAGCUGCCACCAUAUUGGAAAUGUGACCUAGCUGCAUGGUUCAAAAGAGCCGAAGCUCAAUUUAGACUAUCACACAUAAGUAAGUCUCAAAUAAAAUUUGACAAUAUCUUGGCCAUGCUAGAUGAAGACAUAAUAGGAAAAGUAAGUGACAUUUUAGACUUAGACAAUACCGAAAACUGUUAUCAAAAUUUAAAAGAUAGGCUCAUUAACACAUAUGGUAGAACUGAUGAAGAAAAAUUUCGCGAAUUAAUUUCCGGAAUUUCAUUAGGCGACGAAAAACCUUCAUUGAUGUUGUCAAAAAUCAAAUCAUUAGCCGGACAAAAUUGUCCUUCUCACUUAACCCUUAAACAGUCGUGUGGGGGUCUAGCAUACCCCCACAUAAAUAAAAACGGAUGUGUUAUAUUGCAUAAAAGGUGUACAUAG